AUGUCCGCAACCGAGGCUGGCAACUCUGCCGACGCUGGUAGCUCAUCACAGUCGACCCCGAACGAGGUCCCCGCUGGCUUUGAGCGGUGGCGCCAGUCCCUCGCCCGCUUCACCGGCAUGGGCCUCAGCGACGAGGAACGGGCAGAGCGCGCAAAGUACGACGAGCAGGUCAAGCUCGCCACGGACUGGGACCGGUGCGAAAAGUGGAAGUCGGAGCUCAUGACGAGGAGCCCCAUGAUCAUCUUCAUGCUGAAGCAACUUCGGUUGGCGGGAUGCGAGUUCCCGGCGUCGGCGAUGCAGUGCCACCCGUGUGACGAGACGCGUGUCGGUGGUUUCUCUCCAGAGCACGGUAUCCUCAUGUGCCAGAACCGGUUCAUGAACAAGAAGCACAUGGAGGACACACUCGCCCACGAGAUGAUCCACGCGUUCGACCACUGCCGCUUUAAGGUCGACUGGAGCAACCUCCGGCACCAUGCUUGCUCAGAGUCUACAGAUGUGUGA